ACAAUAGUGAAUUUCGUCCCUUUCAACAACAAUUCAUCAAUGGUAUCCUCCGGAAGACGCUACAAGUAGACCCUUCGAAAAGGCAGCGUGAUAUCACCAAGCUACCUUUCAUAUUUGGAAGCGGACUUCAUUUGGGGUUGGUAUUUAGUUAUCUUUCUAGCGUAUGGAGCUAGGGCUGAGCUGUUGUUAGAUGGAACGAAUGGAACGACAUCACUGAAACGCCAUCAAUUAACGGUCACAUCUUACAAGAGGGUUGGUCUUACGAUAAUUUCGUUCCGCGAGUUGCCAGUCGCAUACCCUUCCGCGUGAAGGCGCAAUUGGUACUCGACGCCAAACGGACGGCGAUUUCCAAGGGCAACGACUCCCAAAGAGCAGCAUUCCAUGUUGGCUUAGCUUUCCUCAACGGAUUUGGAACUGAGCGUGAUUUUUCGAUGGCUUUACAGAACAUCAGAGGAAGUGCUUCGUUGGGCUGUCUUCCUGCUGAAAUACUAUUCCUCAUCCUGAGAAUACAAUGCCCUGAUCUUGAUGGGCCGCAUGUGUGGGUACAACCCUGCGGAUUCAAGCGUUCCGUCUUCGCCAAUUUCGGCUUCUGGACUUGCCCGAAGUUGCUUCAGGGAUCGUCGUGCCAACUCCUCUCGACAUCCGGCCGAAGUAAGCUGGAAAAAUACUCGCCACAUAUCGAUGCUACAUCGUUCACAGACCCAUUUGCUACCAAUAGCAACAAGGAGCGAUCCGUGUCCCGACAAGAGAUCAACACUGCUCUUCUCCUCGCGUGCCAGCUCGGGGACAUUGACGCGCUUAUCUCAUUGGCCCCUCAAAGAGCAGAGUUUCUCCCUUAUGAAGGCUCCGGCCCUACUCCCCUUCACUACCUUUUCAUGUUCGACCAGGACGAGAAAACGUUAGAUGUAGCAUUGAAGGCCUUGUUGCCAACGAAUGGAGGGUCUAGAGAACACCUCCUUGACAUGUAUUGCUCCACCCCACAAAUUCUCGAUCAGCAGCUGCCCUUCUCUCUGAUAGGGACCCCGUUGAACUUUGCCGUUAUUGCCGGUUCGCGGGGAGCAGUAGAAGCAUUGCUUCGUGCCGGGGCGAGCCCGUUUUCAUUCAAGCUAGAAGCCGGCCACGUCAUGUCUCUCGCCCCAAGAAACCCUCUGCAGAGUGCCGUUUCCUAUCACCAAGCAGACAUUUUCUCAGCUCUUUGGAGAUCGUGUUUGCUUCAGCCGAAGAAGCGGAGCGAGCUUUUUAACGAGGCCUUGAGCCCCGAAGGAUCCCUCUUUGCGCAGCUUUGUGCGGUAUCUCCUAUGGAGAGAUGGAUUCUGCAAAGCAAUGCUGGCCAUAUCAAUCAAUCGAAGAUGGUGUUGACCUUGGUUUGUGCCAUUUGGGAGCUUCUGAAGUCUGAUGCCGAUGGUCCCGAGGGAAGGACAUUAGGAAAGAGGUUUGCACGGCAGAUUGCGACCGGCCUGGAACAGAUCCUGGCGCUUGAUGGGCUCGAAGUUGCCGAUGAGCUGUUAAACCGCGCAUCCGAGAUCAUUGGGCUCUUCCCGGUCCUGUUUCUUGAAGACGACGCUUCACAGAAUUCAAUGCAGGCACUUUUGCAAAUAGCCUGCCAGGGAGGCGUCACGCCCAGGAGGAGUCUCGCUUUUAUCAAGUUUGGCGCGCGCUUGUUUGCUGGUGCAUCACCAUCACUGGGCUACAGGGCUCUGGUGUCAUCGAUCCGCUAUCACAACGAGAACCUUUUCGCCCUUCUACUGAUCGAUGGCCAGCACUUCGAUGAGGUUGACAAUGACGGCAAGGGCGUUUUGUGGCAUUUCGUCGAGUCAGGCUUCUCGCGGAUGAUUCCCAUGUCUAAAGUCUUGGCGCUAGGCUUGGAUCCCAACGUUGCCAACAAAUUUGGAGAGACUCCUUUGCAUUGCGCCGUACGAAAUACCCAAAGAUGGCACUACAGUACUGCACCUUGUCAACCGAAACCUAAAUCUUGAUAUGUUCAGCUGCCUUUUGGACGCUGGUGCCCAUGUCAAUGCCAUUGAUGACCGUGGGCAGUCCACCAUUCACGAUUUGUUCCUACGAGCUCCUCACGAAGAACCGUCGACAGUAUUUGCAGUCGCUAGUUUGCUACUUUCUCAUGGGGCUUCCACCUCGAGCACAGAUAAUUCUGGAUGGGCCCCAGUCCAUGCACUCUCAUUGUGGGGCGACAACCUGAUAUCAAGGCCCGAAUUUCCUCUCCUCGCAAGUAGGAUAGACCUAACUGUCCGUGGCAAGGCUGGAAGAACUGUCCUACAUUCCGCAACUCGUCGAUACAAAGCUGGCCUCGUAGCUGAAUUGAUCAAGUUAGACUUGAGCGUAAAUGAUCAGGAUGCUAGCCUUA